AUGGCAUUUCGUAAAACUUUGAAUCGUCGUCCCCGUCCACAACGUGCUACUAGCAAUGUAUUCGCGAUGUUUGAUCAAGCUCAGAUUCAGGAGUUUAAAGAGGCGUUCAAUAUGAUUGAUCAAAAUCGAGAUGGAUUCAUUGAUGUACAAGAUCUUCAGGAUAUGUUUGCUUCUCUUGGCAAAGAAGUGACCGAGGAUUUCCUAGAAAAAAUGGUUAACGAAGCACCUGGUCCAAUCAAUUUUACGAUGUUUUUAACACUUUUCGGAGAAAAAUUAACUGGCACAGAUCCUGAAGAAGUAGUAAUAAAGAAUGCUUUCCAAUGCUUCGAUGAAGAUAACAGUGGAUUUUUAAAUGAAGAUCGCCUCAGAGAACUGUUGACAACUAUGGGUGAUCGCUACACUGAUGAGCAGGUGGAUGAGCUUUUCCGAGAUGCGCCAAUAAAGAAUGGUCAAUUUGAUUACGUUGAAUUCACUCGCAUGUUAAAGCAUGGAACAAAAGAUAAAGAUGAUACCAAUUGA